GUGUAAUUAUGUAUUUAUAAUAGGAGAAUGCAGUUUAAUAUACAUACUUUAUAUUUAUCCAACAGUAAAUCAAGUGGAUAUGAUUUAUUUUUCACCUGUAGAGUUACUUGUGACUUUUUCUUUUUAAACUGCUUUUGGCAUUUGAGUCACAGAACUUACUCCUUCUGAAACGCUGACGAGUAAACAGUUACAUUUCGUUAACACUGUUUAGUGCCUUAAAAUAGAAAGCUGAUGGGUGUAUUUAAACCACAACACACACGUACACACCCAUUUCCACAAGGGGGCGCAUCUCCCCAAUACCUAACACAAGCAGACAUCACAACAGCUGGCUCCUUUCAUUUAGGCAAAUACCGGGGUUGUGGCUCAAGGUUUUAUGGGCACACAUCAAAUCGUGUGGCCUGCAGUUUACGGUAAUUUAAAUGAAAACAUGUUUUUAUUAUUUUUUUUAAAGUAAUGUUUAGUACAACUUUAAAUUUAAAGUAAUAUUAAAUAAAUAAAUAAAUAAUUUGACACACAUUGCGCGUUAUACUGCACAAUGUGCAUUACAUCAUAUACUCAUCGCCAUUCCUCCCCGCUCCACGGUUUCGCUUUUUCUGCAGUCUGGAGUUGCUUUGCUGGCAAAUUUUUUAAAAAUGUAUUUAUUUUUUCCACAAAAAGAAAGUUGAGGCGAACACCUCUGUCGAGUUAACUUUUCAACACGUCUAGCGAGUAAAGCUAGUUUGCAUGAUAAUAUGCGUUAUAAUGUAGGGUGUUAUAAAAGGCUGCAAUUGCAAAAAAUAAAGUGUGUUUUUGUUCGUGUGACUGCAACGAGAUAAUUAGGUCCAGGUGUUCGUGUUUGGCACUUUCGCGGGUAACCCAGCUCUGCAGAUGGAUGGACACGCAGCCGGUCCGAUGUGGUGAGUAUGAUAAUUUCUUUUAGACGCAGACUGAUCGAGGGUGUUGUUUCAAUGUUACAUAUUUUUUUUUAAUCCGAGGACCGCCAAGUUCAGGGUCCUGUCUGGCUGCUUCUUGCCGUUCUGUUUAUUCCGAUGAACCACUACACAUGUUCACGAUCUUAUUCAAAAUAACACGUUUUCUUUUAUUCAUCUAAACAUUUUAAACUACAUGAGCAUAACAAAAUACACAAUUGUCCAUUGAACUUUUUAAAUAUACAGUACAGGGGAUGUGGUUUAAGCGUUUUCCACUAUCUAACAUGCUUCUCACGUGUGUGUGUGUGUGUGUGUGUUAUGGAUGGCUUUAUUUUCCUCAUUGCCGCAGCUGAUACAUAAUAAAUACGUUGCCGUCAUUAGAAGUGGAACUGCUUCACUAAAUGGUUAUUACGUGGGUUGAGCACACAAUAAAACACUAGUAUGGUGCUUUUAUUAAGAGAUGGAAAAUGUCUGUUCCAAAGUAUAAUGUUGAGAAAAAAAUAAAUAUUAAUCUUAAUAACCGACUUCAAUUGGCUUACUUAAUAUCAUUAUUUUAUUUACCACCAGCUUGUAUAUACUAUAUUUAAUAUUACAGUUUUUCUUUGCUUUCUUCCUAAUAUUACUGAUAUUAUCUAACAGAAACUGUGUGUUUAUAACAAUAUUUAGUUCUGUGUUCUAGUGCUAAUUGAGGAAGGCCAAUGAAUACCCAAUACCCUCCAAACCUGGUGCUCUGUGGAACACACCAAGCUGCCUCCUGCGUGUGACUUGGAAAUAUUCUUCAUCCCAGCCUACUCUUAUCUUGUAAUGGUUUUAAUAACAAGCCUCCAGAACAACUUUAUUCAGGCUCUGAAGGACCAUUAGAAAGUGGCUGCACUGACUCCCAAUAAUAAAAAAUUCAGAUUCCACAGGUGGUGAAACCUGUCUUCUCUCUGCACAUACUGUAAUUGGCCUCGCUGUUUCUCAGCGGCUGGGAAAGAGCAGCUUAUGAUACGCGUCCGAUCCACUGCAGACCAUGAGAGUUCCUCUGAAAGGAGAUGUGAUCUGCACGGUUGUGAUUCUGACAGUGCUGUGUGUAAUACUGUACACCCAGUAUGGAUUCACAGCAACGUGGGGAAUUGAGAACCUAAUCAAGGAAACGUCAAACACAAGAGUUGUUUUGGGAACCACAGCCAAGAGGCUAGAGGAGGAGUUGGUAACUCCUCAGCGUUAUUCUGGACAGAUGUGCAAUUCUGAGCCAGUCGAUGAGGGUGCAGUUCAGCCCACCAGGGCCCCGUCUUUAUCUCGUCCACCUUUCAACUUCAAGCAGUACCUGAGAAACAAGGACUGCCGUGACUUCAAACUCCUUUUGAACCAGCCUGGGAAGUGUGUGGGGGACACGUUCCUGCUGAUCGCCAUCAAGUCGGUGGCGGAGGAGUUCGAGAAGCGCGAGGUGGUGCGCAAGACCUGGGGAGCGGAAGGACUUUUAAACGGAGUAAAGAUAAACAUGGUCUUCCUGCUGGGGGUUCCCAAGAAUCAAACACAGUUUCCCGAGUGGGAGCUGCUUUUGAGGUACGAGAGCCGUGCGCACAGGGACAUCCUCCUGUGGGACUUCCAGGAUACUUUCUUCAACCUGACCUUGAAGGAGAUCAACUUUUUAAAAUGGCUGGACAUUUUUUGCCCCGACGUGAAGUUCAUCUUCAAAGGCGACGCCGACAUCUACGUCAACGUCGAUAACAUUGUGGAGCUCCUGAAGGAGCGCAGCCCUGGCGAAGACGUCUUCAUUGGCGACGUCAUCUAUCAGGCUCAGCCUAUCAGGUCAAAGAAGAGCAAGUACUUCAUCCCAGAGAUGGUGUACGGACAGGGGAUUUACCCAGCUUACGCAGGGGGAGGUGGCUUCAUCAUGUCUGGCUUCACCGCUAAGAGACUGGAGCGAGCUUGCAGAGAGGUGGAGCUGUUCCCGAUCGACGACGUCUUCAUGGGGAUGUGUCUGCUCCGGAUCGGCCUGAAACCAGAUUCCCACGAGGGUUUCAGGACUUUCGGGAUAGUCAGGCCCUCUGCUGCCCCCCAUCUCCAAGUCUUUGAUCCAUGUUUUUACAGAGAGCUCAUGGUGGUCCACAGCCUCACCGUGGCAGAAAUGUGGCUCAUGUGGAAACUGCUUCACGAUCCGGAGGUGCAGUGCAAUACCAAAGUGGUUGUGAGGAAGUCAUUCAAAUGGACGAGGAAAAACCACAAACACAAAAAAGAGGACCUUGGGUUGAAACUGUCCUGA